CACCUUCCAGUCCUCUUUGCCUCAUCGCACACGCCCUCGAAACAAACAUCCACCCUCCCCAGGCCGGGCACGCUCUCUGCUGAUAUCAUCGCUUCUGGUGGACGCAUACACUUCUCUGCCCCCUGCUCACCUGGCAAGCCACCUGGUAGCCACAGUACAACGGCUAAGUCGAGCCGCCUGUUGCGAGAGGUUGCUGCCCUUCAUCUUAAACAUAAUUCCCACUCUGUCAAUGCUUGCCCCGGCUUGCGCAGGCACGGAGUAACGCCUCGAGUCAUAUAUGCUGCCCGCCUUGCUGUCCACUCACUGUCUCUCUGUGUUCGGCUCAGCAUCGUCCGUCCCUGGUAGUCGGCGCUCAGUUUCCUGAAGCAAACACCUCCGGUUUAGAUAAUCGCAUAUCCCACAACACAUCUGGCGCCCCGGAUCUUUCGACACACAUCUUGUCGCCGUAAAACCCCCGAUCGCCCGCUGCAGGCCUUUUCUCAGAUCGAUGUCGCUGCCCGACAUGGCAGCCGAGAGCAUCUCUGGCGCUCGACCGAUCCUGCCGCAGUCUACGCAGACCUCUGGCUUCCAGUUUGCGAACACUGGUGUUGCGCACCGCGAUGUGCCGCAACAACGAAACUAUGUUUUCGUCGACGAGCACAACAGACAUAAGAGGUUGAAGGUUAUGCGUGCAUGUGAGGGUUGUAGACGGAGAAAAAUCAAAUGCGAUGCGGCGACGACAAAUUCGUGGCCAUGCGCGGCAUGUACACGACUAAAACUAAACUGUGUGCCACCCACCGUCAGCUACGAAAAAGACUCCAGCCAACCCGGCGUUCAUACAUUCGAGAUUCAACGGCCAAAUGAAUACCCCGCUAUCCCCAUCGGUACCAUUGGCGAUUACCAGCGACCGCAGAUACCCUCUCAACCGAGCUACCAAGCCAUGUCAACAAACAUGCCUCCUCAUGUUCCGUCUCAGACAUACGAGCCUCUCUCUACUUACUCGACGCCGGCAUAUAUGACCCCUACCACGGCUCACGAUGCUCAAUAUGCCGCCAUGCCUGCGACGACGAUGUCGGCUCACAGUAUGGCUGGAUUCGCUGGCUACACCGCUCAUUCUGUGUCAACACAGCCUCGCAACGACUCGAUCGACGCAUCAUAUCACCCUCCUUUACAUAGAGCAAACUCUCUCGACAGUUCUUGGAAUCGACCUCCCGUGGACGUUUCUGCUUUACGGCAAAACUCUCUCGACAGUGGCUGGAGAUCCGAACCAGGAGUCUCCCCGUCUGCCGACGUUCUCGCCGAAGCCAUGGGAGGUUUGAAAAUCGACCAUCUUGCUAUUGCACCGUACAUUGCGGACCGGAACAAACUGGCGGAAGCUCCUGCCGUAGCAGAAUACGAAGUCGAUAUUCCUCAGCAUUCGAGUCCUGAUCAGCCCCUAUCGAUUCCUCCUGAGAUGAUGCCCAGUGACGAACAGGCCCUGCAGUACUUUCAAUAUUUCUUUGCUAAUAUACAUCCAUAUGUACCAGUUCUUAAUCGCCAAUUUUUCUAUCAGCAAUGGAGUUCGAGCCGAAACUCAAUUUCGCCGCUUCUGCUAGAGGCUAUCUUUGCUUGUACCACCAUGACGCUAGAGGAUCACGCUCAAGCUAGCAAAUGGCUAGCACUUGCUACUAAGCAUGAAGAAAGCUUCAAAGACGUUCCACGACUGAGCACGAUUCAGGCCUCGCUAAUUCUGCUGAAAGCUAGGGAGGGGGCCCCGAAGCGAGGCUACUUUUAUCGUUCGUGGAUGACUGUUGUAAAUGUGGUGGCGAUGGCAAAGGAUCUUAAUUUCCACGAACACAAGGCUGAUCAUGACGCUGGACAACCCUGCGGCUCCUCACCCUACGAAUGUGUUGCAAAGACCCGAAUAUGGCAACUGCUGUACAUUUUGGAAGGAAUGAUUGGCGGGCCUCAAGGGCGCCGUGACUUUAGCGUUGACCCAGAGACCGUUGACUUCAACCCUCCAGCGAGAGUACCUGGACUUGAUGAAACCGACUUCCAAGUGUCGUUCCAAUUCGUGUACCUGGCGCGUUUGGUCCAAAAUGUUCGGGGGAUCAUUCGCAUAUAUGCAAAAGUAAAAAAGCUCAAGGACUGGUACUUGGAUCCAGAAUUUGUUGGGCAUGAUCAAGUGUUUCCCAAAUGGCUACGAGAACUUCCCCAGAGUCUACUUGUCGUAAUUCCUGAGGAUGGAUCAACUCCGUAUCUGCCGAAUUCAUUCACGGCAAACAUGAACUGCUAUCACUACCUGAGUGUUGUUAUGCAACAUAGACCGCAAGUGCACUAUCUCACAGCGACGGACGGCAAUUGGAGACAACAUAUGAUCAUAUGCCACGAUGCGGCAAAGAAAAUUUGCAGGAUCCAGGAGGCGAUAUUGGAGAACUUUGGAAUGCCUGGCAUGUUGUGCAUGCUGCGCGGCAUCAGCUUUACCGUAUAUUGCGUGCUCACCUGUGUCAUGCUACACCUUGCAUCAAUCACGUCACCAGAUCCCGAACUCAAUUGUGAAGCACGCGAUUACUUCGUUCGGCACAUGCGAAUUUUGGAACAAGUUAUUCCUCACUGGCCACUUCCAGAGGUUCAAGCCCAGGUGAACAGCUUGCGGGAAGCCUUCUCUGCGGACACAAGCAAACCGUUCGAUUUGAAGCCCAGCUUUCCGUUCGGCAGUCCAUCCGCCCAGAAUGCCAGCCCUAUCACCGACGGUGCGUACACCCAGCAACCACAUUCUGUGUCUAGACCAUCCGUUGUAGCCCAAAGAGCAACAGUCUCUUUGGAACCACCGGCACAGGUCAGCUAUACCACUAGUAUUCCUCAACACCCCAUAUCGCCUCCGGUUUCAACAACGGAUGAGGUGCCAAAGGCUGAUUCACCCGUAGUUCAAGGCUUGGCGAUGAUGGGCGCAGGACAACCAAACCAAGGCGUUCAGGGACCAGAAGGUUAUCAGCAGCAGUGGAACCCGACGAAGAUAUUCGAUCAAUGGAACGCUGCCUUCGGAACACCUGCUUCAUCGACGUCACAGCCAUCCCCUCCCAUGCAACGGAAUCAACCUGGUACAUUCGACGUUCGCUCAAACCAAGAGGGCUUGUCGUCUCAGUAUCACUCGACACCGCCUCAAGCGAAUUAUGCAGCGCCAGACGCCAAUUUGCAAAUGCAGACCGGCAUACCAGCUCAGCAGCAAGGAAGCUAUCCUCCAUCUCAAUCUAACUCAUUCGUGUCACCCAGUAUGUGGCAGCAAGUUGUCGCAAAUUCACUCGUUGAUGGCCGCAAGCGUAUGUGGACGGACUACAACAGUGGCCAAGGCAUGAGUAUGGAUGCUAUGGCUAAACGACAGCGAUAGCCUCAGUCCAGCAAUGUUGCAAAAGAUGAAUUCGGCCCGGAGGCCCCAGUUCACGCAAUGGAGUUUAUCCCUCAUAUUUUAGCAGCAUGCAGCGUCUUGCGGUGCCUACACCUUCAUGACUAUGCUCGCGCGACAUGAUGAACAAGGGCCCUUGACGUGAUCGGCUGGAAAUCAACUGCCGACUCAAGCUCUUUCACCCCACAUUGUAUCAGUAAAGGCGCUUCUGCAAGGAAACGACAGGCCCCAACGCGGACUAUCCUCUUUCUGAUCAUCUAAGCAGCUCACGUAGUUGCUCAUGUCUACUUUUCGCCGAUAUGAGUCGGCAACCUCUAUAUCUAGGACCAGCACCAGGGGAGUGGAAAGUCGGAUCUAUAAGAUGGUUCCUUAGUCAAGACGUAUUGGCACUGCAUUUCAUCACCCUUUCCGGCCUAAAGGGACGAACAGCCGUCAGAUGAACACGUGCUUGGGUCACCGCUGGGCAGGCCUCCCUUGAUCAACCAAGGCCCGUCCUCAGGCGCCCCCCCCCUUCCUUGGCUUCCCGUCGAUCGGGGGAAUGCUGCCACGAGGCUUCGAAACCAGUCUUUUCCGACCGUUAAAACCGUCGACUUCUGACGUGUGCACACUAUGUUCACUUGUCAGGACAGCCUAUCUUUGCUCUCACUCAAAGAGUGCUGAUGCAGGCCAAGAAGUCUUACCAAACCGGUGAGGCUUCAUUUUAGUAUCAACUUUCGCAGCACUCCCGCAAGCGCUUUUGAGCAUCAAGCACACCUCAGACUACUCAACUCCUGCUUCCUCCAACGAACGCUGGGCUGGUCCAAGCGUUGGCGGAUUACAGUGUGCAGUGCUGACGGGGGGUGGGUACGUACCAUGAUCCUAGCUAACCUGUUCAUAUUGCUUUUUCGCUCGCUUAGCCGAGGUGUGGGACUUCUACUUUUUUUUUUCCUGCCUGCGACGGAGCAGUUCUCAACAUGGGUCUAUUGUUUAUGAGCCUCAAAACCUGGCGUCGAAGCGUGUGCAAGCAAAAAAAAAGUAAUGCAGCAUGGCCGUCGGAAAAAAAAAAGACCGCCGACCUCCUUCGAUCAUUCUUCAUGGUAUACCCCGCCCAGAAGUCUUUGUAAUGGCUUGGCACAUGGUUUGAUGUACGCAAUUCUUUCCCAUAGCGCUUUUCGGUGGCUGCAAUGUACGAUAGAACUUGAUGACCUGAACGAGUGAAUAAUGUGACCUGCGAUACCAGAUAUGAUGAAGUCAGGGAUAAUAAUUGUUUUUCUUUUUUUUUUUUUUUGAAAGAAAAGAAAAAUGAAAAGAAAAAUAACCACUAAAAAAAAUAUAUACUCUCCCCAACACCGUAAUUGGGAAGGAAAAGAAAUG